GCGGAAGUGGGGGAAGCGGAAGUGGAGGAGAAAGCGGAAGUGGCCGUUGCCAUGGCGGCGGUUGCGGCCUAGGCGAGGUCUGGGGCUGUUCUUUCCCCACCACGUUCCUGGGAUUCCUGGGAGCCGCCGAGAUGACGCAGGCGGAGCUGCGGCUCUGCUCCCUGCUGCUCCAGGAGCACUUCGGGGAGAUCGUGGAGAAAGUCGGGAAUUCCCUGCUCCGGACGGGCCCGCGGCCGCUGCGGCUCCUGGUGGGCGACACGGGGCUGCUCCCGGAUCAGGUGAAGAAGGCCCUUUGUGUCCUGCUCCAGCACGACCUGGUGCGGUACGAGGUGCAGCCCCGCGGGUCCGUGGAAUACGAGGCGCGGAGCGAGCGGAUCCUGCGGAUCCUGCGCUACCCCCGCUACAUCUACACGGCCAAGACGCUCUACGGGGACCCCGGGGAGCUUCUGGUGGAGGAGCUGCUGCUCCACGGCCACCUCUCCAUGAGCUGCGCCGUGGCCAGGGUGGCCGAUCGCCUCACCGAGACCAUGGAAGAUGGGAAAACCAUGGAUUACGCCGAGGUGUCCGGCACGUUCGUGCGCCUGGCAGACACCCACUUCAUCCGGAGGUGCCCGAUGGUCCCGGAGAACCCCCGGAACGCCGCGGAGCCGCCGCCCCCCGCGCCCGCCCUGGCCAUCGCCGACAGGGACAUGUACGUCGUGCCGCGGCUCAGCCUCGCCGGGAAAGGGAAGCGGAGACGCUCGUGCGACGAGGAAGAGGACGGGCAGCGCAAGGCCAAGAGGCAGAAGCAGGAGGGAGGAAGCUCGGAGCCCCCUCCGGACGACGGCAUUUACUGGCAGGUGAACCUGGAGCGUUUCCACCAGCACUUCCGUGACCAGGCUCUGGUCAGCGCCGUGGGCAGUCGCAUGGACCAGACCAGCAGCGAGGUGGUGCGGACGAUGCUGCGCAUGAGCGAGGUGACCACGGCCUCGGGCGCGUCCCACACCCAGCCCCUCUCCUCCAACGAGAUAUUCCGGGCUCUUCCUGCUGGGUACAACAUCGGGAAGCAGGUGCUGGACCAGUACCUGGCGCUCCUGGCUGAUGAUCCGCUGGAAUUCGUGGGGAAGUCUGGGGACAGCGGUGGGGGCACCUACACCGUCAACCUGCACAAGGCCCUGGCAUCUCUGGCCACGGCCACGCUGGAGUCCAUCGUGGAGGAGAGGUUCGGCUCCCGCUGCGCCCGGAUCUUCCGCCUGCUCCUGCGCAAGAAGCACCUGGAGCAGAAGCAGGUGGAGGAUUUUGCCAUGAUCCCGGCCAAGGAGGCCAAGGACAUGCUCUACAGGAUGCUCUCGGAGAACCUGGUGUCCCUGCAGGAGAUUCCCAAGACUCCGGACCACGCUCCAUCCCGCACCUUCUACCUGUACACGGUGAACGUGGCGGCCGCCGCCCGGAUGCUGCUGCACCGCUGCUACAAGAGCGCCGCCAACCUGAUGGAGCGCCGGCAGCACGAGACGCGGGAGAACAAGAGGCUCCUGGAGAAGUCCCAGCGGGUGGAAGCCAUCCUGGCCUCCAUGCAGGCCACGGGCGCCGAGGAGGAGCAGCUGAGGGAGGUGGAGGAGAUGCUGACGGGGCCCGAGAGGCAGCAGCUGGAGAACCUCAAACGCAACGUCAACAAGAUCGAUGCCAGCGAGAACCAGGUGGACGAGACCAUCUUUGUGCUGGAGUCGUUCAUCGAGAGCACCGUGAAGAGACCCUGAGGGAACAGGACAGGGACAGGGAUGGGGACAGGGACAGGGAUGGGGACAGGGUCAGGAAUGGGGACAGGGUCAGGAGUGGGGACAGGGACCAGCUGCCUUCACCAGUGGUGCUUGUGCUGCUGAGGGGAAUAAAGCAACAGUUGCUGAUGGCACCUGAGCAUCAACAGGGGACAGGGACACAGAGGACAUGGGGACAGCUGUCACCCCUCAAUUUGGGUGUUCAUGGAUCCUCACUCAGUUUGGGUGCUCAUUGAUCACCCCUCAAUUUGGGUGUUUAUCCCCCCUUAAUUUGGGAGACCCCCUGGCAGGACCAAGGGACCCCCCUGUCCGCGCCCCACACCCCCCAGAGCUGUAAUUUAUGGCAGUGCCAUUAAUUAAAGAUAUUUAUGGAA